AUGUCGCGCGCCACCACGAGCGGCUAUCCCAAGGCCGAUGCGAAGGCCAAGAAGAAAAAUGUGGCGCCGGCCAGCGAGAAGUUCGACUACUCUCGCACACAGCCGAUGAACGCUCAAGAUCCCCGAGCGGAAGGAGCACCAUGCUGGGGGCAUCAUGUGGUGGCGGCUCCCGGCCCGGGAUCGGUGACCGGAUCCAACAACCGUGCAACCUGGGAGGGUUGCGAAGUAUGCCGCCUGAGGCUGAGCUACACACCGGCCUAUGGAGCUCACGGCUUGACGCGAGCUGCAGGUCCCCUCGCCAAGGACGUCGAGCGGCAGCUGGAGAAGGUUCCAGCCAACGAGCAGAAGAACAGCAUCCACCUCAAGGACACGAAGAUCGGCCUGGAUGGAGCCGAAGAAUCCCUGCUCCAAAAGCUCGACGAAGUACAGCAGAAGAAGAAGCAGUGGCAGGAGACUUCGAAAGGCACCAUCGCCAGUCAAGGCGAAUCCGGCAACUCCAAAGAAGGCAUCCACUUCGACCUUGAGCUCUACGACACGGAAGACUCGGAAACCCGAGGAUUCGGCCGAGCAGCGCGAAGCCUUGGCCCUACAAGAAGAGGACGCCCAGUCUUGGGCAGAAGUGGAGAGCCCGGACCGUCCAUGAAGCGCCAGAGGACGAAGGCCGAGUUUUCACCCUCUACCUCAGCGGCUGCAUUGGCUGCUGCGAGGAUUUCACCUGGAAUUCAGAAUUUUGAGAACGCCAAUGGCUAUGAGGCGUGUGAGAAGGGGAUGUGCGAUGACAAUGAAACCUCCAGUGGCUCUGAGAACCACGAGACCUCCAAUGACCCAGAUCGUGUCCACUACACCGCUGAAGACUAUGAGGUCAUUGAAGAUUUGCACGACACCUACGAGUUUGAGGUGAAAGAGUUGAUGGCUGCCAUCGGACUUCACCCUGAACGGCGCCGAGAAAUCGAUGGCCAACUUCAUGAAGCCCGAGUUGAUGGAUGCAGCUAUGGUUUGAAGGUGGAUGACGGCUACCUCAAGAAGCCUUGGUUGCUACGUGGCACCACACCUUUGAUUUGGAAUCUGGCAAAACGAUGCCCUGGCAACCGCAAGCGCGUUCCCUGCGAAGGUGGUCAGAGAACAAGAAUGUCAGCCUUCUAUCCGAAAGCAAUGGCCAAGAGAGUUUGGCACCUGGUUCGCAUGAUCUAUGAAGAAGCGACUCGCUGGCGACCAGAAGCGCAAACUGCCUGGUACCUCGAUGAGAUUGACGAGAACCAG